UCGCAAUAAGUGACGAUUGUCCCCUGCGGUUGUCGUCGAUGAGCACAGUCGUCCACGCGUUGGUGGCAAGGGAGACGACGACUUUACGUGAGCGUUGGGAAAGGCAUACGACCAUCCUCACUGCGUGGCUCCCAAGAUAUUGCAUAGCCACCGACACUGUGAUCUUCCGCGUGGCGGUGUUUGUGGAGUCCAGUGGUUUGAUUGACUUGAUGUCAUCGAAAGCGGCGUCUGGGAUGGACGUUGACGGCGGGGCAGGGCGCGGCGGUUUGACGACAGCGGAGAGGACGGCUAUUGCUGCGGCGAUUAAUGUCGUCCUCUUCCGCUGCCAGAUGGCGAGCAAUGACGCGAACUUCAAAGCGGAUGUUCGUGCACGACGCAAGCUCUUGGCGCUUCCGACGACUGCCCAGUGCUUGGAUGUGACUGCCAUUUCCGACGCGGUGCUGGAGGUCUGCUACAUGAUGGGGUGCGGGGGGUUUCCACGGGCGACUCCACGGUGGUGGGCCACAGGGGAGACGUACGACAGCGGGACGUGUAGCUUCGGCAUCGGGAGGGCUUCCGGCAUCACGGCGGUGCGUGACGUCACGGCGGCGUUGCUGACUGCUUACCCCGACGAGAUAUCAUGGCCCACAGGUUUGCAGAAGGGGGUCGUGUUGCGCGCCUUCGCGGACAAGGGGUUUCCAAACUGCCAUGGGUGCAUCGACUGCACACAUAUCUACAUCGACAAACCCGCGAACGCCAACGGUGAGGACUACUGCGACAGGARACGUCGWUUCUCCSUGCAGGCGCAAGUGGUGGUCGACAUGAACUUGCGUGUGCUGGACGUCUUCGUCGGUUAUCCGGGGAGUGUGCAUGACAUGAGGAUGCUGAACCUGUCGAGUUUGUGGGUGCGCGCGGAGUCAGGACAACUUUUCACUGGGCCGCCUCUGAUGCUGCCUUUCGGUGUGCGGACUAAUGGCUACUUGCUCGACGACAACGGUUAUCCGUAGUCGGAAUGGAUAGUCGUCCCUUACGGCAGUCUCGCACAACACCCGACGGAGGCACGCUUUGACAACAAACAGAAGACGGCCAG